UGGUGUAAGGCCAGCCAGCGCAGCUGCCACUUCCAAUCGCGGCGUGCCCAGACCUCAGGGAGGAACAUGGCAGCAGCUCAGGGAGCAGGAAGCAGCUCAGCCGGGCCAUCCGGACUCCCCGGUUCUGCCCCGGGGCACAGCAGCAACUCCUCGGCAGUGGCAGUGUGGGAAUGGCAGGAUGAAUUUGGCAGGUGGAGGCCAUACCGAGGGAAUGUCUGCAGCUACAUUGAACAGGUUUUUCAGGCCUCUCAGCAGAAGGGCCGGCGUUCGGGGUCAGGGCUUGUCAGCAGCAUCCCUUUGGGACAUGUGGAUCCUGUCUUGGCCCCCUACGUCAUCGACAUCCCAAGCUUGACGCAGUUCCGGCAGGAUACAGGGACGAUGCGGGCUGUCCGCAGGCACCUCUUCCCCGGGGACUCUGCUGCCGGGCAGGGCAUCAUCUGGGAGUGGCAGAACGAUGAAGGUGGGUGGUCCCCCUACGAGAUGAACGUCUGUGUGUUCCUGGAGCAAGCCCGUGCCACGAACCACCAGCGAGUAGAUCUCGGACCCUUGGGCUAUAACUAUGAAGUUGACUUUGUGGCUCAAGUCCAGACCAACAAGACCACGAGGUUCCGCCGUGGCGUUCAGAGACGCUUGGACGCCCCGUACCCAGUGACAGCCUCCUCAGCACCCCUUCACGCGGGGGUGGCUUGUUCCUGCCAGCAGUGCUGGCUAAAUGGUGGGACUGGUCCCAUCACCACGCGCUACCGGCACUCCAUGAUAAACUUUCCCAACUCUUCCACUACUCAUCAGGUUUCCAGUAGGACAGCGUCAGUAAGUUCUUCCAGCGUUGGCUUCGUGCCCUAUAACAAACCGACUUUGUCUGGAGCAAGGUCAACACCAAAACUCAAUGCACAGAGCACCUGGGCUUUGCCUCAAGCUGGGGGCCCCAGCACAGGACUGUCUGCAUCUAACGGAGUCAG